GUUACACCGCUUCCAAGGUUAGUAAAAAGUAAGCUUUGCACCCGUUGUGACGUGUACGGGUAGUGUUAAACGUUCCUUUAAACGGAUGAAGAUAUUAAUGCACUGAUACCAUCUAUUGACAAUUGAGAAAAGGGUUGCAAAGUGCUAAUUUUACGUAUGCUUCCAGCCAAUUUUCAGCAUAAAGUUUUAUAUCUGGGAAUUUUCGUAAUUAAGGAAAGAUAAUAAACAUCCUUUGAAGUUAUAUAUUGAUUAAUUGCUGUCAUAAUGAUAAAUGCAGUGAUAUCUGUGAUAUUUUUGCUGUCAUUAGUAACAGUUAAUGCCUUGAUAUCUCUUCCUGAUGGGCCAAAUGUGUGUAAGAAAGAAGAAAGUUACGUCGUAACGAAGAGGGUUGCAUAUAGAAGACCGUACCAAGUGAGAACAUUUACGUGGUGUUUUAAUAUACCACCGAGAUGUUCUAAAUAUAAAAUACAAUAUAAUGUUGCUUACAAAACAGAAGCCGAAGUUAAGAAGAGAAUCGUUAACGAAUGCUGUUCUGGCUACACUCAGGCUGAAUCCAAAUGCAUUCCUAUAUGCCAUCAACCGUGUUUACACGGAUUGUGUGUGGCACCUGAUAAAUGUGAAUGUAAAGAAGGAUGGAGAGGAAGUUCAUGUGAUUCUUCUUGUGAAUCUGGAAAAUGGGGAUUAAAUUGUAAUGCAGAUUGCAUAUGUCAGAAUAGUGGUGUGUGUGAUCCUGUAACUGGUAACUGUACAUGUUCAAGAGGAUGGACGGGCUCUGAUUGCAGUAAACCAUGUGAUGUAGGAUUUUAUGGAUAUUUUUGCGAGGAAGUAUGCCGAUGUGAAAACAAUGCAAUUUGUCAUCACAUUUCGGGUGCUUGUAAUUGCACAGCAGGUUAUCAAGGACCUUUAUGCAGCGAGAAAUGUCCCGAAGGAUUGCAUGGUUAUAAUUGCAGCAAAGAAUGCCAGUGUCAAAAUAAUGGAACGUGCGAUCACGUGACUGGAUUAUGUACAUGUCAACCGGGAUAUACGGGAACUGUUUGUGCUGAUGUUUGUCCUAAAGGAUUUUAUGGAGAAAGCUGCAGUCAGAAAUGUGAUUGUUAUAAUAAUGCCAAUUGUCAUUCGGUGACAGGAGAGUGUAUUUGUCCUGCAGGAUUUUUUGGUGAAAAGUGUGAAUACAGGUGUCCGAUAGGAACGUGGGGAUUUAAUUGUUCAGAAGUGUGCUUGUGUGAGAAUGGUCUGUGUCGAGAAGACAACGGAGAUUGUUUGUGUUUCUCGGGAUUUGUCGGUACUUUCUGCGAACAGAGAGCUUGUUCUGAAAAUAAUUACGGUGAUUAUUGCAAUAAGACGUGUCAGUGUGUUCCACAGAAUUCCCUCAGCUGUCAUCCUUAUAGCGGAGAGUGUAAGUGUAAACCCGGAUGGACAGGAGACUUUUGUGAAGAUGCUUGUCCUGCUCCGACUUAUGGAAGCGAAUGUUCGGAAACUUGCAAUUGUCAGAAUGGUGCUCUCUGUAAUCAUGUAACUGGAGAAUGUUAUUGUUCGCCUGGUUACACUGGGAAAAACUGUUCCGAGUUAUGCCCCGAAGGAACUUACGGUAGCUAUUGCGAAAACACCUGCUUAUGUGAAAACAGCUACAACUGUUCGCGUACCACAGGCUAUUGCUUCUGCAAGCCAGGUUGGAAUGGUACAAGAUGUAAUAUGCCUUGCUCUGAAGGAAACUAUGGUCAGAACUGUAAUGAAAAAUGUAAAUGCCAGAAUGGUGCCAUUUGUGAACAUGUCCACGGAAAAUGUAUGUGUUCACCUGGUUAUAUUGGUGAUUUUUGUGAAGAGAAAUGCCAGCCAGGACAUUACGGCAUUAAUUGCACUCAAAGGUGUGAAUGCGAUUUUCUCAAGAGUUNUCUUGUUAAAGGGAGUGUAGUUCAUUUGGUAUAUCUAAUAAACAUCUAUGUUGCUACAGGAGGCAAGAUACCCAAGAAGAGAUGUCAAGAUGGUUAUUAUGGCAUAAACUGUUCCGUAAGAUGUCCUCAAUAUCCUAAUGGCAACGGAAGUUGCGAUCCGGUUACCGGAGCACUAUUCUGUCUCCCUGGCUACAUUGGUUGGAAUUGUAAUGAAAGAUGUCCAAAUGACAAAUGGGGACAAGAUUGUUUGAAUGAGUGUAAUUGUAAAAAUUCGGCAGAAUGCGAUCACGUAACUGGUUCUUGUACAUGUCAGCCUGGGUGGAUUUAUGACGACUGCUCAGUUCCAUGUCCAAAUGGAACCUACGGUUUACAAUGCCAAUACAGGUGCUCUUGUAACAAUAAUGCAUCUUGUCGACAUUUUGACGGAAUGUGUCAUUGUUCUCCUGGCUGGAUGGGUGCAAAAUGCGAAGAAGCUGAAACUUAUUCAGAAACGCAAGCCGUGAUACAAACUCAUACUUCAAAUACAAACAUUGGAUUUAUUAUUGGAAUUUGCAUCACCGUUCUGUUAUUAAUUAUCAUAAUUGUUAUAGUUCUGUACUAUAAAAGAAAAGUCAGGAAAUUGAAAAAAGAUUUGUCGUAUGCGGCUUAUAGCGUCGAGCCUCCAAUAGAUAACAAUAGCCACUUUGAUAACCCUUUGUAUGGAAAUCAAGAAUAUAAUGUGCCAAAUAACAUUGUCGAAACGGGGGAGAAUAAAACUUCCGAAAAGAAGACAAACAACAUCGAGAAAGCAAAAUGUUACGAGGAAGAGCGGCGUGAAUCGACUACAAGUGAGAAAAAUAUACACAUAUUGCCAUAUAAUUUAAAUCUAUAUCAAAACGUAGACGAUCACCACACGUAUCAGAAUUUGUCUGAAAGGAUUGAUGAAAAUACAGGUAGAAAGAUUGAAGGUGUAGAUUCCACUUGCUAAUGAGGAAACUCGUUUCUCUGGAAGAAUUUUUCUAGUGCCGAGUUGUAGGAUUAUUUUUUGUAUUAGAUAAAUUAGGUCAACAAUUCCGUUAUUAUCUACAAAACUUAACGAAGAAAAGUGACUUAAUAAAAAUAAUUCCUAAUACAAGACCAAUUACGGUAAUUUAGAAUUAGUUUUUUUUUUUAAAGCUGAAAAUUAAUUUAUCCAAUUCUCUGUCUAUUUUUUCCUAUUUUGCAGUUACAGCAAAUGUCCGUAAGAUCUCCAACAAAGUAGUUUUGAGCCUUUCGGCCAGUGGCAUAGCUAGAGAUUUUAUUAGUCCCUUAAGCAAAAUAUGGUAACGAGUCUUCCAUUGCCUAGGACCUAGCUCCUCCACAUUCGUGAAAUGGGAAUUUAAACAAAAUAUAGAGAUAGUUAAUAUUAAAUUUGCUUACGUCAAAAGGAAAAAAGUCGCAUAGGAAUUACGUGAUUUCCAUGAUUAUUAUUAUAAAUACUAGCUGUAAAUUUAUAUCUUAAGAUGCAUAUUAUUUAACAAAAAAAAUUUGAUGGACAUUUCAUAUAUCAUAUAAGAGAUUCCAUUAUACAGCCAUGUUAUUAAUUACUAUCAGACCACUGCACUUUUUCAAAACAAUAUGAUAAGUGUAAUCAGAAAAAAUAAACUAUAAAACUCUAAAAUUAAUCAUUCCUAGUCACAAAAAAUAUAUUUAUAAGAUGUGGUCUGGUCCCCUUUAUUUGUGGUCUCUUAACCAUCACUUAACUGUGUGUAAUAGUAGUUAUGCCACUGCUUUGGUCCUAGUGUCUACAAAGUUUUUAUGAUGGGCCUAAAGGUUUGAAAGUACUUGAGAGUUACGGCAAAGAAGCAUGAUAAACAUUUGAACAUUUGUAGAGUGGAACCUACAAAUGUUCAAAUGUUUCUCGUGACAGGGCAGCAACACUGCAAUUGCUCAGUAUUUUAAAAGUAUGUCGUACGAUUGCAUUAUGCAUACUGCACUUUUUAAGUCUGCGUCCAUUGUCGCGUUAUCGACACCUCAUACUGUCGAUCCGGAAUUAGCACCGGUUUAAUUGGUGUUGAUCUUACUUUUUUACAGUGGUAAAUUAGAAUUUAUUAUUGCUCAAAAGCAAAGAUUUUGUAAUUUAUGGUUACAGCAUUGGGGUCAAGAUGUAAAAUAUUAUAAUAUACAACAAUUCAGUUACAUUUUGUACUAGUCAUUGAAUUUCUUUAUUGAAGAAAAAUAAAAACGUAAAUAUUCUUAUGUCAA